AUGAAGGACACCCGGAUCUGCACCGGUCUCAAUCCUUCCUAUCCAGGCAUGUGGGCGUCGGGCAACCUCACAAAUGACCCUGCGCCCCGCGAAGGGUGCGGCUCCGUGUCUGUGGCCUUCCCGAUUACUAUGUUGAUCACUGGCUUCGUGGGCAACGCACUGGCCAUGCUGCUCGUGUCACGCAGCUACCGGCGCCGGGAGAGCAAGCGCAAAAAGUCCUUCCUGCUGUGCAUUGGCUGGCUGGCGCUCACCGACCUGGUCGGACAACUGCUCACCACCCCAGUAGUAAUCUUCGUGUACCUAUCCAAGCAGCGAUGGGAACAGCUCGACCCGUCGGGGAGGUUGUGCACCUUCUUUGGUCUGACGAUGACUGUCUUCGGGUUGUCCUCGCUCUUCAUUGCCAGCGCCAUGGCCGUGGAGCGGGCGCUGGCCAUCCGAGCGCCGCACUGGUAUGCUAGCCACAUGAAGACGCGCGCCACCCGCGCCGUGCUGCUCGGCGUGUGGCUGGCCGUGCUCACCUUCGCCCUGCUACCUGUGCUGGGCGUGGGGCAGUACACCGUUCAGUGGCCUGGGACAUGGUGCUUCAUCAGCACUGGAGGAGGGGGCAACGGAACUACUAACUCCCAGGGCAACUGGGGCAACCUUUUCUUCGCCUCCACCUUUGCCUCUUUGGGGCUCUCAGCGCUGGUCAUCACCUUCGCCUGCAACUUAGCAACCAUUAAGGCUCUGGUGUCUCGUUGCCGGGCCAAGGCCACGGCGUCGCAGUCCAGCGCUCAGUGGGGUCGGAUCACUACCGAGACCGCCAUCCAGCUCAUGGGAAUCAUGUGUGUGCUGUCAGUCUGCUGGUCGCCUCUGCUGAUAAUGAUGUUGAAAAUGAUCUUCAAUCAGACAUCAGUUGAGCUCUGCAAGAAUCAGGUGGAAAAGCAGAAAGAAUGCAACUUCUUCUUAAUAGCCGUUCGCCUGGCUUCACUGAACCAGAUCUUGGAUCCCUGGGUUUAUCUGCUGCUAAGAAAGAUCCUUCUUCGAAAGUUUUGCCAGGUAGCAAAUGCUGUCUCCAGCUGCUCUAAUGAUGGACAGAAAGGGCAACCUAUCUCAUUAGCCAAUGAAAUAAUACAUACAGGAGCAUGGAGGCGGAGUGGGACAGAGAACAUAGAGAAAGAUGUGGAGAAAAACUACAUUUUCAAUCUUUAAAAAUUCAUGUUUUUAGGCCAUGCUACAGAACAAAAAGGAUGGGACCACAUUUGUCUGUGUACACUUGAACAUCAAUUAGGUUAA